GAAAAGCUAAAACAAUUGGUGAUUUACAUUUUAAUGUUGAUUUACUUAACCAUCUAUUAAACGUAUGCUAGUAAAUCUAUACUCCAACUUAAAUACAUAUUUUGUGCAUAACUACAAUUUUUUAACGCAAGUUACUGCCCUUUUAAAAACAUUAUUACGUCAUUUCCCUGGGACGGAAACAUGAAGCGUAAAGUCGACGUUUUGCGAAAACCGUAGAUCUGUAAGAAGAGAGCAAUGACCACACAUGUCGUGCCGUUGGCUUGAGUCGAUCCUCAUGCAGUGAAGAUCUGCAACUGAGAGCAUCUCAGUGAUGUUCACGCGGCGUUCCAAACGAGUUAGCUACACACGUGUUGUCUUACAGCUCCAAAAUAUAAAACUGUUGUGUAAAGCAUCAAGACAUCCAAGUCUGAACUCUUGAAUCUGACAGCCACUUGUACCUCAUGAGUUUUGUGGAAUACUCCGAGUUCAUCCAAGAAGGGGAUGUUGUCAUCAUCUUUCUGGGUCAUGAAUCCAUGAUGCCUGUCAAAGUUUCGUCUGGGGGUCAGACGCAGACCCGUUAUGGGGUCAUCCGCCAUUCCAGUGACCUGAUUGGGCAACGAUUUGGUUCCAAGGUGACAUGCAGUAAGGGCGGAUGGGUUUACGUGCUACACCCUACACCAGAGCUGUGGACUGUAAACCUUCCCCACCGAACACAGAUCCUAUACACCACAGACAUAGCCAAUAUCACACUGAUGCUGGAGCUCAAACCAGGCUCUGUGGUCUGUGAGUCAGGGACAGGAAGCGGCUCUCUGUCUCAUGCUAUUCUGCGGACCAUUGCUCCCACCGGCCACCUGCACACGGUUGAGUUCCACGCUCAGCGGUCCGAGAAGGCCAUGGAGGAGUUCAGGGAGCACAAGGUGUCUCACCUGGUGACCGUUAGAAACCAGGAUGUGUGCAAGGAGGGCUUUGGCGUCACAGGUGUAGCUGAUGCUGUCUUCUUAGACAUCCCGUCUCCGUGGGAGGCAGUCCCACAUGCCAAGAGGGCCAUGAAACGCAAGGGAGGACGUCUGUGUUCCUUCUCGCCAUGUAUAGAGCAGGUCCAGAGAACGUGCGAGGCGUUAUCGGACCAUGGCUUUGAGGAGAUAUGCACGUUGGAGGUUCUGUUACGGGUGCAUGAUGUUCGUUCUGUCACUCUAUCCCUGCCAGACUUUGGCCCAGAAGAGGGCUCAACAGACAGCACUCAGAAGGAGGAGGUCCCAAACACUGGAAAUGCAUCAGUGGUCUGCAAGACUGCCACACCUCCAAGAGAAAUGGCAGGGCACACUGGAUACCUCACUUUUGCUACCAAACCACGGGACUAGAGGGUUAGACCCAAACAGGUCACUUCAGGAUUUGAUUUUGAGUUCUUAUAGGAGACACUUGUAAACUUUGCUGGGGUUUAAGAGUAGGAGAACUACAGUCUCUGUGACUGUUUUGAAUAAAUUAAUCUCUCCUUAACACAUAAUUUACCAUGUUUUUUAAAACGCUAGUGCAAUACAGCAUCUUCUUUUUCAUGAUUGGUAUGUUUAAUUCUUCAAAGAACAGGGGACAGUAAAUUAUUUGUUUUACCACAAUAAAUGAAAACCUUUGGAAAACAAUA